UCUGUGUUUAAAAUUCACGGCUAUUCUAAUCGUUCCAUUAUAAUAUAUAAUUAGUAACAGUCAACAGCGUGCCUCAAUUAUAUAAAUAUGUUUUAUAAUAUAUAGAUAAGCUACGAAAAACAAAUUGUUCCCUUUAGGAUGAGUGGAAAACGCAUGAAAAAAGAACAAUGGAUAAAGGAAAGCAUUGAUUCCAAAAGUGAUUCUGAUAAAGAAAAUAAAUAUAAGUUAGCAUGUCGCAAAAGGAGGAGGUACAAUCCUGUACUUAGCACUUCGGAAUCUGAAGAAGCAGAAGAGCCUGAACUAGGAAUUGAUACUCCCUCUAGCAUUAAAUGGACAUCAAAGAAGCCUAGGCCAAAAAUUCAUGAUUUUACGUCACAUCAUUCGGGAGUAAUAGGGAACAAUUUAAAUCAUUCGUCGAAAAUUUUAGAUUACUUCAGACUGCUUUUUUCUGAAGAUUUAGUUAAAUUUAUUGUGGAAAGAACAAACAAUUACUGGUGUCGACAGCUCAAAAGGGAUCAAUUGGAUGCUUCAGAAGAGAUGGAUGUGGAUGAAUUAUAUUGUUUUAUUGCUGCGUCGUUAUUAAUGACGCGAAUCAAAAAGCUGUCCUUAAAUGAAUAUUGGUCUGAAGAUAAGCUUCUCCGAAGCGAUAUUUUCAGUCAAAUUAUGAGUAGAGAUCGUUAUUUUUCAUUAUUGAAAAUGUUACAUUUUUCGGACAAAGCCAGCCGCACUGCUGAUCGUUUAUACAAAAUAAAUAAAGUAGUGGAAAUGCUACGAAUAUCAUUUAACAAUGCAUUUCAGCCAUACCAGCGAUUAUGUAUAGACGAAAGUCUACUCCUCUACAAAGGCCGUCUUUCGUUUAAACAAUAUAUUCGCUCGAAAAAGAAUAGGUUUGGUAUAAAAUCAUUCCUACUUUGUGACUGCAAAACGGGUUAUAUCCAAGAUAUAAUCAUUUAUUGUAAAGCUGGUACUACUAUAGCUACCAAAUAUCAAUAUAUUGGAAAGCCAGGGAACAUUGUAAUGUCACUUUUGCAACCUUUUCUAAACAAAGGCCAUACUAUUUAUCUGGAUAACUGGUUUUCUAGUCCCAUAUUGUUCAAUCUACUCCACAAAAAUAGUACGAACGCUUGUGGCACUGUGCAAAGAAGACAGAAAGAGUUACCUAAACUAACUGAUAAAUUGAAAAAAGGAGAGGCAGUAUUCCGCUCAUCUGAAAAUCUGUUGGCAAUGAAAUGGUGUGAUAAAAAGGAAUUUUAUAUACUUUCCACUAUUCAUACCGCAGAAUUUGCAGAAGUACCUAAGAAGUCAAAAAAAAAUGAAAUUAUUUUAAAGCCAAAAUGCGUAAUAGAUUAUAUCUCUUCAAUGGAUACAAUCGAUAAAUCAGAUAUAGCUGUAAGUACUGUCGAUGCAACUUGCAAAAGUUUAAAGUGGUAUCGUAAAUAUUUUUUCCACUUGAUCGACAUUUGCGUGUGGAACGCAUUCUGCCUAUAUAAGCACAUCACAGAAGAACAAAUCUCAAUGGCGAAAUUUCACCUUCAAUUAAUUAAGGAAAUAUUAGAAAAAUAUCAUAAGAAUCAUGAAUAUCAUCAGUACAGUGGAUCAGAAAGUAAUUAUCCCACAAGGCUUAUAGGGAAACAUUUUCCUACGGUAUAUCAGUCGGGGAAAAAAAAUAGAAAACGAAGAUGCGUUGUAUGUACGGCUGGUGGUAUAAGACGUGAAUCCAAAUAUCAGUGCGAACAAUGUAAUGUGGGCUUGUGCAUUUCCCCUUGUUUCGAAACCUAUCACACCAAGUUACAGUAUUAAUUUUGUCAUAGAUUAUAUUACACUAUUACUUUUAUUAUUUAUUAUAUUAAACUAUUAGUUUCAUUAUUUAUUUUAAUUUUGUGAUAUUAGAACAUAUUAUUUAUAUCAAUGCCAUUUAUUUUAAUUAAUGUACUGUGAAGAAAUAGAUAUGAUUUUAAAACGUUAAGCGUCAUGCAUGUUUUGUCUGUCUUUUCGUCUGAUUCGCGAGAUAAGAUUCCGUCGAAAUCGGUUUUCGGCCGAGGAUUGGUUUAGGUUACGACAAAACAGUAUAAACAUUUUAGAAACGUGUUUUUCAAACACAUUAAAUUCCGCGUCAGUCACCGAUGCACUGUUGCGGUCCAAAUGAAAUGUUUAGUGUCAAUCACGCUCGAGAUUUCUAUGAAUGCCGCAAAACAUCUUUUCGCGGCUUACGUUGUCGUACAAUGCAACCACUCUCGCGGACAACUUCCUCGUUCCACGAAUGUAUAACCGCGGCCAGGUCCUCCGUACCGAAAGGGUUAAGGGUUAAAAAGUAAAGUUAGAGUAUAAACUCUGAUACCCAAUUUUGUCGGUUUCUUAGGAUUGUAUGUUAUGAACGAAAUUCGACCCUUAAAUUUUAUCGUUGACUCGACCACACAUAUAUGCUCGCCCGGAUAUUAAAAUAAUCCAAGAACUUUGAGUUGAUAUAGUCCUAAAAGCAACUUACUCGUUGUAGGCGCGUUCUCGGAUUCGUAUUGCGUGUUGAAAUAGUUUUCAGAUAAAGCAUCCAGAAUAUUUGACUAAAUCUGUCUCUUGUAAAUGUAUCCGAAUAGAAAGGAAUAUAACUGACGAUAUUCCUCGACCAAUAUUCUUGCAAAUUGGCCAACGGCAUUGUGCCCAUAUUGAUUAAAACAGCAAUAAAUGCCCAGAAUUCUACGUCGUUCACAUCACGCCAGAUUCGCCAUAUCAAAUUUGCAGGUAGUAUCUUCCCUUGCAAUUACUGUUUUGCAUAUAUCUUGGUUUCAAAAAUAAUGUUUUUGUUUACUCUAUCCGAAAAUGUGGCUACCUAUUGUUCGUCUGUAUCUGCGAGUGACAACAGGGGAUCAUUUGGAUCUAAAGAGAGAGUGAAUGAGAGAGAAAGAGAGAGAGAGAGAGAGAGUUUUAAAUGCGAUGAACGAGUAUAAAAAAUAUAUCAAAAGCGUUAUGGUCACAUAAGCGAAAUUUGGAAAGUUUGCGAUAAAGCUCUAUGAAGAUAGAUUUUUUUCUUAUUUUUAAUGAUAUUGUAACCCUUGCCUAUCAUGGACUCCUGCACAUUUUUGAAGCGGAGCGCCUGAGAUAAAGGAAGUCUUAUUUUGAGCGGAAAAGAUUAUACGUCCUUGUAAAUGCAUUUGAUUUUAUUUAUUUUAUAAAUAUGCAU